AAGUCCUGCAGGGAGGCAGGAUGAGGACUUUGGGAGUCACAUGUAUACAACUUAUGGAGUACUCACUUCCUAACCGCUUUGAUAGUGACAGUCGAUGUUUUUUACGGUUGUUUCUCAUCUUUUAAAGGGCCAUUGCGUUUUUAUCUGACUUUUUGUGGGCUUUCUGAGUUUACCGGCUUCUCAACUCUGGAAGAUGCUCGGAACAACACACAGUCGCCAUUGGAUGUGACUCUGCAAGUAACUAUAGUGACUUUUGACUGACUAUCAUCACGAUGACGGAGGAAAGCAGAAAUGACCACCGUGGUGCUGAAAGCGGGAAAGAUUUCGAGAAGCAGCUGCGGUUGCGAGUUUGUGUCCUGAACGAACUUUUGAAGACAGAGCGGGAUUAUGUUGGAACUCUGGAGUUUCUGUCGGUGUUUCUCCACCGUCUGAACCAGUAUGCAGCCACCAAGCUGGACAAGAACAUUACAGAGGAAACAGUAAAGGUUUUGUUCUCCAAUAUUGAGGAGGUGCUGGCCGUUCACAAAGACUUCCUGCGCAUGGUGGAGGAGCUUCUCCAUCCUGAGCCCCAUGCGAAUCAUGAAAUUGGCCGAUGCUUCUUGCACUUUAGAGGCCGCUUCCAGGUCUACGACGAGUACUGUGGAAAUCAUGAGAAGGCCCAGAGGCUUCUGCUGGAGCUCAACAAGAUCAGAAGCAUACGGACAUGUUUAUUGAACUGUAUGUUGCUGGGAGGAAGAAAAAACACUGAGAUCCCACUGGAGGGUUACCUGGUGGCUCCCAUUCAGCGGAUCUGCAAAUACCCCCUGCUCCUCCGAGAACUGCUGAAGAGGACGCCAAAGAAGCACAAUGACUAUGCUCUAAUUCAAGAGUCUCUCCAGAUGAUGAAGGCGGUGUGCUCCAACAUCAAUGAGGCCAAGAGACAGAUGGAGAAGUUAGAGAUUUUAGAAGAAUGGCAGUCCCACAUUGAAGGCUGGGAGGGCUCUAAUAUCACAGACACGUGCACAGAGAUGCUGAUGCAGGGCGUUCUGUUGAAGAUUUCGGCAGGAAACAUUCAAGAAAGAAUUUUCUUCCUGUUUGACAAGCUUCUGGUCUACUGCAAAAAGAAAAACAGGCGUUUAAAAAACAGCAAGACGUCGGCAGAGGGCCCACGCUAUUUGUUCCGAGGCAGAAUCAACACGGAGGUGAUGGAAGUUGAAAAUGUAGACGAUGGAACAGCUGACUACCACAGCAGUGGCAACAUUGUCAACAACGGCUGGAAGAUUCACAACACAGCCAAAAACAAGUGGUUCGUCUGCAUGGCCAAGACCCCGGAGGAAAAGCAAGAGUGGCUGGAGGCAAUCAUGAAGGAGCGGGAGCGCAGGAAAAGUUUGACACUCGGCAUGGAGCAGGACACGUGGGUCAUGGUUUCUGAGAAGGGAGAGAAACUGUACCACCUCAUGACCAAGGGGCACCUUAUAAAGGACCGGAAGCGUAAGCUCACCACCUUUCCCAAAUGCUUCCUAGGAAGUGAGUUUGUGUCCUGGCUAAUGGAUGUUGGUGAGACAGGAAAUCCAGAGGAAGGUGUACACUUGGGUCAAGCCUUGCUGGAAAAUGGCAUCAUCCACCAUGUCACUGACAAACAUCAAUUCAAACCUGAACCUGUUUUGUACCGAUUCCGCUAUGACGACGGAACCUACCACCCUAGGAGCGACAUGCAUGAUGUUAUAUCUAAGGGUGUACGUCUCUUCUGCCGCCUUCACAGCCUCUUCACUCCUGUCAUCAGGGACAAGGAUUACCACCUGAGGACCUACAAGUCGGUGGUGAUGGCCAACAAGCUCAUAGACUGGCUCAUUGCUCAGGGUGACUGCAGAACAAGAGAGGAGGCUCUGAUCCUGGGGGUGGAGUUGUGUGACAAUGGCUUCAUGCAUCAUGUGCUUGAAAAGAGUGAUUUCAAAGACGAGCCACUCCUGUUUCGUUUCUUUGCCGAUGAGGAGAUGGAGGGCUCCGACACAAAACACAAACCUGUGAAACACGACCUGAAAAUAGUGGAAAACGUCAUCACCAAGUCUCUGCUGAUAAGACCCUGUGAUGGAGGCUAUGGCUUCACCCUGGAGGAGAGGAACCGGGUCCCCAUCAUCAAGGCUGUGGAGCGGGGCUCCCCUGCUGAGAUGGCUGGCCUGGAAGUUGGGAGGAAGGUGUUCGCCUUAAACGGAGACCUAGUGUUCCUGAGGCCUUUUGCAGAAGUACGAACAUUCCUCAGGCAAUGUUUCAACACCAAGGGACCCCUCAGGGUUCUCGUUGGCACCAAACCCAGAGAGACUGUGAAGAUUCCAGAUUCUGCUGAUGGAUUGGGUUUCCAGAUCAGAGGUUUCGGUCCAUCUGUGGUCCAUGCAGUUGGAAGAGGCACAGUAGCAGCCGUCGCUGGACUGCAGCCCGGCCAGUGCAUCAUCAAGGUGAACGGCAUCAAUGUCAGCAAAGAGAGUCAUGCCAGUGUCAUCGCCCAUGUGACUGCGUGCAGGAAGUAUCGGAGGCCCACACAGCAGGACACUAUUAAGUGGGUGUACAACAACAGUGAAAGUGCUCAGGAAGAGGACCAGCGAUCUAACCAGAAGCCCACCCCUGAUGAAAACGGAGAUGGCUUUGAUUGCAAAGUUGAAGAGGUUAUAGACAAGUUCAACACUAUCGCAAUCAUUGAUGGUAAGAAGGAUCACGUGAGCCUGACGGUGGACAACGUCCAUUUGGAGUAUGGAGUGGUGUACGAGUACGACAGCACAGCAGGCAUUAAAUGCAAUGUGAUGGAGAAGAUGGUGGAACCCAAAGGAUUCUUCACCCUCACAGCAAAGAUCCUGGAGGCACUGGCACGGAAUGAUGACACCCUGGUGCAGAUGUGCAGCAGAUUGAGUUCCAGUUGUGACGUCAUCUCAGAGGAGCUGCAGGUUCGCUUCAGUAGCAUGUGUACUGAGAGGGUGGAGCACAUCAACCGUCGCAUCACCAACUACAGGAAAUUUGCAAUGGUACUGAAGAACAGGGCAUGGCCCACGUUCAAACAAGCCAAAGGCAAAGUUUCGCCUCUUCACAGCAGUGACUUCUGCCCCACAAACUGUCAUAUCAACAUGAUGGAGGUGUCGUAUCCGAAGACUACCACCUCACUAGGCAGUGCAUUCGGAGUGCAGCUGGACAAAAGGAAAAACACGACGGAGAAAGGGGGGCGUGGUGGUGCUGAGCACGGUAAACUGAAUCCCAUGGUCAACAUCCAGCACACCAUUACCACCAUGGCGGCACCCUCUGGUCACAGUUUGGGCAGAACUGAAGGUCACGGUCUGCGGUUUCUGCUCAGAGAGGAAGACCAACAAACUCUUGAUGCUUACCAGAAACUUCUAUACAAACUAACCACCGUCGUCAAGGAAAUGGAGACUCACGCUGGUCAUAUUGAUGACCUUCUGUCCACCAUCACACACCCUCCAGCAUCAGACCUGAAGACCCCAGAGAAUUACAUUUCCGUGGGGAGCGAGGGCGAGAAGGGGGAGCGGAAUGGGAAGAAAGUGUGUUUUAAUGUGGCAGGAGAGGAGCAGGAAGACUCUGGACAUGACACCAUCAGCAACAGAGACUCCUACAGUGACUGCAACAGCAACAGGAACUCCAUCGCCUCCUUCACCAGCAUCUGCAGCAGCCACUGCAGCUCCUAUGUGCACAGUGACGAGUUGGACUCUGGAGAUGAGAUGCCUUCCAGUGUGUGGCUGUCUCAUGAUAAGCAGAAGAGGCUCCACGGCUUCCUGGAACAUCUGUUCAGCCAGGUGGACUCCAUCAGCAGUGUGCUGCGAGGGCCAGUUGUCGCCCGAGCUUUUGAGCAGACCAAAUGCUUCUCACCUGGCAGAGGAUUACAGGAUUUUCAGCAGGAGAUGGAGCCCAAAGUGAGCUACACCAAAAGGCUGCGUCUUCAUGUGAAGCAGGAUCCCUGGAACCUUCCCAACAGUGUUCAGGCCCUCACACAGGCCAUCACUAAAUCUGUGGAAGAGGUGAAGGCACGGUUGCUGCUGGUCCUGUUGCAGUACACAGACUCAGAGAUCCAGUUGAGACGUGACAUGGUCUUCUCACAAUCUCUGGUUGCAGCUGUGUGUGCUUUCUCAGAGCACCUACUCGCCGUUCUCAACCAGUUUUAUAAUACAAGCAGAGAGGUGGAUCAGGAAACACAAGAGCUUCAGGAGGCCCAGGAUGCAGGGAGGCGAUGGCUCGAGCAAAUAGCCAGCGCUGGUCUACUCUUCCACUUCCAGUCUCUCCUCUCUCCCAAUCUGACGGAUGAGCAAGCCAUGUUGGAGGACACUCAGGUGGCGCUGUCUGACUUGGAAAAGGUGACUUUCCACUUCCAGCAGUUUGAAGGAGAACCCCUCGUGGCCAACAUGCCCAUUUCGUAUCAGGUGGAAGGCACUCGCCAGACCUUGAAGAUUUGCUUUUACCUUGAGAGCUCUUACUUCUCUCUGCUGCCCCUUCGACUGAAAAGUGGAGGCAGCAUCAAAAUCUACCCAGUGCUCUUCACACAAGCACUGGAAAGCAUGGAAGGCUACUACUACAGAGACAAUGUGUCAGUGGAAGAGUACCAAGCUCAGAUAAAUGCUGCGUCACUGGAUAAGGUCAAACAGUACUACAAGAAGUUACGAGCUUUUUACAUGGAUCAGUCCAACAUGCCGCCCAGCUCUGCGCCCAAAGCUGCUCUCCUCGACAAGCUGCUGCGUCCUCUGAAUGCUCUGGAGGAGCUGUACCGUCUGACGGAGAGCUUCAUCAGCAGCCGCCGCACCGCUGCCUGUCAGAACACCGCCUGCGGGGCUUCAGGAGUGGGGCUGCUCACCGUGGCCUCUGAGCUCUGCGCUCGUCUGGGAGCCACACACAUCGUCAUGUGCAACAGCGGUGUGCAUCGCUGCACCCUGAGUGUGACACUGGAGCAGGCCAUCCUUUUGGCCCGGAACCACGGGCUGCCGCCUCGCUGCAUCCUGCAGGCCACCGAUGUCAUGAGGAAGCAGGGUGCCAGAGUUCAGAAUUCAGCCAAGAAUCUCGGAGUGCGGGAUCGAACGCCACCAUCAGUCCCAAGGUUGUACAAGCUAUGCCAGCCGCCGCCCCCAGAUGGUGACCCAUAAUGCUUUGCAUUGAUGACUUUGCUUAUGAAGGAAUGACUAUUACGUUUUUUUUCCCUCUGUAGCUGCCUUGAAGUGUGUAUAUAAAUAUGUAUCCACUGAUUUUUAUAAAUAUAUUUUUAUGUGUGUGUAUGUUUGUGGUAAUGCAUGUGAUUAGUUUAUUCCACUGAGAACGUGAAGUGGUUUCAAACUCAUCCCAGUCUCAUGAGGGGCUUCUUAAGGGACGUUUCAUAUCCUUACAUUCAUUUGUAACUAAAACGGGCUGGACAGGUUUGAAUAAAACGACUUUCACUACAUUUUACUUUCAUAUUAGACAUUGUUUGCUUGUUUUGUUUUUUUGUAGCCGAUAGUUUUAUGUUGUUUGUAUUACCGUGCUAUAAAUGAUGAACUACAUCACUUUAUAUAACAGAACUUUUUAUCCGUUUUUACAAGCAGUGUUGUCCCAAAAGAAACAUGAGAUGUCUUCUGCUGUUUUAUUUCCACUUUACUCAGGAUGUGCCUCUCUAUCACACAUUAUUAUGGGAUGUCCAGCUCAGCACUAUGCAAACACAUGGUUAUAAACUGCACCAAGCUGUAGCAGACGUUUCUUCAGUGUCAUUUUUGUAAAUGUAACAACUGAUUUUGAACACUAUUCUGUUUGUAAAAUGUAUAUUAAAAAUAACAGUGCUUGUUUUCAUUUCUUGUACUAUAUUUUAGUGGAUUUGUUAUCA